AUGAAGUCAUGUCUCUUUUUCUCUCUCCCUCUUUGUCUCUUUCUUUUGCUUAUGUCUUAUCAACCAACUCGGCCUUAUAGAGGACGUGGCUCUUAUAGAGGCAGAGGGAGUCGCCGUGGUGGUUAUCCAAAGCAUGGAUAUAUUUCUGAACAAGAACGAUAUGCUUCUUUUUAUUUACCAAGUUUUACUCAAGAUCCUUGGAAACAUAUUCUACCAAAUGGAGAUAUUGAAACAGUUGACAUACACCAAAACAGUAAAGAAGACUUGUAUUUACCAAGUUUUACUCAGGAUCCUUGGAAAUCUCUUGAACAAUACUAUUAA